AGCUAAAACAGGAGCGAGAGAGGAACCUUAUUUCAGGUCAAAGCCAGCAGUGUCGUAAUCCACACACCGAGACGCCGACCAUGAACGUCUGUGCAAAUCCCGUUUUGGUCUUUCUAACGUCUGCGUUAUUGCUCCAUGUUGCUGCAGACCGUCAUGCUCCAGAAGUCCACACAAAGUUGGGGGCCCUUAGAGGUCAGUAUGUGAGUGUGAAGGGAAAGGAGACCGGGGUCCAUGCCUACCUGGGUGUCCCAUUUGCCAAGCCCCCCAUAGGCCCUAGGAGACUGGCUGCCCCCCAGCCUGUAGAGGCAUGGGAAGGAGUGAGAGAUGCCACCCAGCAGCCACCCAUGUGUAUUCAAAUGAAGACGUUCUCUAUGGAUAUGAUUGAUCAGUAUGGCACCGUGUUAGUUGAUCUCCAAGACAUUUCAGAGGACUGCCUUUACCUCAACAUUUACACCCCUGCAAAGAAAGCUCUCGGUACCAAGAUGCCAGUCAUGGUCUGGAUCCAUGGUGGAGGGUUUACCUUCGGGGCAGCUUCACUGUAUGACGGCUCCGCCCUGGCUGCCUAUCAGGACAUGGUUGUGGUUCUUAUCCAGUACCGCUUGGGAUUACUGGGAUUUCUCAGCACUGGGGAUGAGCACAUGUCGGGGAACUUUGGAAUGUUGGACCAGGUAGAAGCUCUGAGGUGGAUCCAGCAGCACAUUCAUAACUUUGGAGGAAACCCAGAUUUGGUCACUAUAUUUGGAGAGUCUGCUGGUGGAAUGAGUGUGUCCCUCCUGCUUUUCUCACCGUUGUCUGAUGGCCUUUUCCACCAUGCCAUUGCUGAGAGUGGAACUGCUGCAAUGGAACUACUCCUUGUAAAUGAUCCUGUCCCAGCGAUGCAGGUGGUUGCAAAUAAAACUGGCUGUAGCCUCGAAAGCACAGAGAAGAUCGCUGAUUGCAUCAGGAACCUCGAUCUUGACACAAUUCUGUCUACUGUGCAGGACGUUACAGUGAGAAUUCCAUUAAAUGUUGAUGGAGUCUUCCUGACAAAACCAGUGGACGAGCUGUACCGCACACAUGAACUCCCCACUAUACCAUUCAUGACCGGCGUUAAUAGUGAUGAAGGGGGCUGGGUAAUUUGUAACUUCUUUGCUCCUCCUAACUGGACCGAGGGAAUGGAUCGGGAGCAAAUUGAGAACUUGCUAUUCAUGUUCUACCCUGAUCCCAAAUAUACAGUAUUCAGAGAUUUAAUCACAGAAGAAUACAUUGGAAGAGGGGAAGAUCGUCUGAAAAACAGAGAUGGGUUCACUAAGAUUAUUGCAGAUAUGAUGUUCACCAUUCCAGCCAUCAAGACUGCUAAUGCCCAUAGAGAUGCCGGUGCUCCUGUGUACCUGUAUGAGUACCAGCAUGCUCCCACAUUCCUGCAGGCUAAAAGGCCGAGCUUUGUUGGCAGUGACCAUGGAGACGAGAUCUUUACAGUGUUUGGAUUGUGCUACACAACUACCCACGUCAAAUUAAGCGUGGCAUGCGACGAAGAGGAGGAACAGCUGACCCGAAUCAUGAUGAGCUACUGGGGAAACUUUGCUCGUACUGGGUCUCCCAAUGGUGACGGCCUCAUCCACUGGCCAAAGUACGGCGCCGAAGAAGCGUACUUGUCAAUUGAUGCAAAGGAGCAGGCAACUGGCCAUCAGCUGAAGAACGACCAGUUUGUCUUCCUGACUCAGACUCUCCUGGAGAAGAGCCGAGAAUACAACGAGAAGCUGGAGCGCAACGAGCUGUAGAGCCGUCACCUCCGCCUUCUCCAUUCCAUCCUUCGUUAUUAAUUGAUUUAGUAAGUCAAAUAUAGAAAUAAUGUGAUACAUUUGCUCCAUAAUUGUGAUCAUUGUAUUUGGGAGAGGACCCACUUUUCAAAAUCUCUUUUUCAAAUUCCAUGUGAACUUUUAUGAUAGGAUGCGUUAAACUUUAUUGGGAGAAUACUUUUGAUAGUCUCUGUGUUUGUUGAACAUCAGCUGGAAUUCAAAGAAAAUUAAAUUAAAACAUAUAAUACAAA